CCGCCAAAAGGCAAAAGCCAAAACCAAAGGCUCGGAUAAGAAUCAGUGUAGGUAUUUUUAAAGACAAGCGGGACAUUGAUGAACUUGCCAGAAAGCGAGACAUUGGGCGUCCAGCCCGGACAUUUUAUCAGCAGGCGGGACACGAGGUCAAAAGCGUCUGGUCACUUACCUCGGGGCUGAAGCGCGGAGCCCCUUCGAGAGAGCGGGGCCUGGGGCGGCAGCCCCAUUUGCCACCCCCAAACGCAGCCCCUGAGCUAGAGGUUAUUUCACACUAUAUAUGGGGGAAGAAGGAUGUGGAGGAAACCGGAGAAAACCAUUGGCGUCACAUGGUGUCACAUGGGAAUGAAACAGAAGCCAGUUACACAGCUUUACCUUUAAUAACUCGUGUUCGAACAAUCAGUGGCGUGACCAGAAGUAUUUCGAAAUCUUUGUGAAUCCUCCAAUUACUGGGGUAAACCCCAUCCACCCCGUGGUGUAAGGAUUACCUUUCCCGCCAAUGGCGACGAGUAGUCACAAACGUAUGUUGUCAGCCGUUCUUAAAGUUUCUAAUAUCAGGUUCUAGGUGUGCAAGCUAUUGUGUCAGUGCGGGCACGGUGUCAAAACACACUGCUGAGAGGAACCCUAGCAGUUCUCACCUGUGACAGCAGAAAGGGCCAGGUGUGGCAGACUGAAGUGUGAUCAAACUUAAGUGACUGCAACUAGCAAGCAACUAAGGCUACAUCACGGCAAGGCAGCCCUGUAAACAGAUGUCACCUGCAGAGAACGUGCCCGAGACGAGAGCUGAACCCAGGACAGCCAACCUUCACUGUAUUGGUGACAGGCGUUAACCGUUACGCCACCUGACCGCCCUGACUGAAAUCGAGACUCGAUCGACCUUCGCAUGUCACAAAGCUCAGCCAUGCACCACGGGGGAAAUGCGGUAGCUCCUUCACCUGUACUCACGCAGCCAGGUCAAAUGGUGUUUAUGCCCCUUCCUCCGAGUGUCCCUGGUUGCCCCCCGGGCUUGGAGUAUUUGACCCAGCUAGACCAAAUUCUUAUCAAGCAAGAAGUGGAGAUUCUUGAAGUGCUGACCGGCCUGGAAGGAAAGAACAAGUACAGCCUAGUCAACACCCUGGGCCAGCAGGUGUACUACGCCGCGGAGGAAUCCGAACUUUGCCAUCGCAUCUUUUGUGGGACAGCACGUGGAUUCAUUCUUCACAUCACAGACAAUUCAGGACAGGAAGUCAUGCGUCUCGUGAGGGACUUCGUCUGCUGCACUGGAUGUUUCUGUCUUCCGUGCAAGAGUUGUCGCUACAUGGCGUAUGUCCAGGACCGCACGGGACAAAUCUUGGGCUACACCAGUAACUUGCAUUUCUGCUGCUCUCCCCGUGCUGCCAUCUACGACGCCGACCAGCAGAUGAUUGCGGAGAUGUCGGGCCCCCCAUGCGUGUGUCAGGACAUCUGCUGCACUGCUGACGUGGACUUCCCGGUGUAUGACGUCAAAGGGUCAUCAUGGGGCAAGGUCGCUAAGCAGUGGAGCGGAGCAAUGAAAGAGUGGUUUACAACUGCCGAUAACUUCUGUGUUUCAUUUCCUAUGGACUUGGAUGUCAAGAAAAAAGCCUUGAUGAUCUGCCUUUGUAUCUACGUAGAUUUCAUGAUUUUUGAGUACAAAGACCAAAACAACGACUCGUAGGCACUGUUGAGUCUGCUGCUGAUGGAGCGAUCCGAUGGCACAACGGCAAAUCGCAUGUCAGCAAGAUACGGAAGUUUCCAGAGCUGUGGGCAAAGACUUAAUUAAUGUAAUAUAUCAUCUUUACCGUGAGUUCGGAGUUCUCAGUGACAAGACUGAAGAAUGUGUGCCAUGACAGUCUUGCAUUGUCCGUAGAUAUGCCAUAAAUAUUUAACACUCAAGAGUGAAAUCAAGUUCAUAUCCUGAAGACUCCCCAAAACAAAAACAGAAACGUGAGACUUAUGUGCUCAUGCUAAUCAUGUUUUUCAUAAAUUAUCACAGAUGUUACGGUUAUUAUUCAUUUGUCCAUGCACUUUUAACAUGUAGGACUUGAAUAAUUUACCUUACCCUAAAGACUUGUGUGUAGAAUUAUUAUUCACUAUGUACACAGUAUUUCUGUGCCACCAAUCUGUUAUAUUUGCUGUACCUUUUGUGAAUAUUUUCCCCAUUGUGUACACAUUUGUUACCGACCUGUAUAAUUUAUUUUGCUCGUGUAUACUGCACAGUGGUACAUAUUCCAGCCUGUAUAAUUUGCUUUGCCUCACAUUCAUGUAUUACAGUUGUGUACACAUCUCUUAUAUUUGUGUCUCUAACCUGUAUAAUUUGCUUUGCCCUAUGUACAUAUAUUGCACAGUAAUACCUUUUGCAUUUGUGAGCCACCAACCUGUAUAAUUUGCUGUUCUUCAUGUGACUUCGGUGUUUACAUUCAUAUUUUAUGCUUUGUGAGUUUUAAUUGUCUUAAAUAUAAUAAAUAUAAUGUGUCCUCGUACCUUAAAUUGAGACAUUUUGAUUAUCACAGCUGUGAUUAUGCUGGCUGCAGACAUUUAAACAGAACACACUAAUGUAAACACAUUGCUGUUGCCUCUUUCUAAUAGUUGACUGAAAAAAAAAUAAUUUGCAAGCUUUGAAAGUCUGUUAUCACUUGCAAAUGAAAGAACUGCAAGUCUGUCCACCAUAUAUGUCUGUCAUCAUUUGUACAGAAGGGCACACACCUGUGUGAUUUGACUUUCUUUGCGGAGCUCUUUAGCACUCCUCCAUAAGGCCUCAUUUUGUAAAGCCAGAAGAGCCAUGUGUCCAUUCCUGCCACCCAAGUGGUGUCAGGGGUUGCAUGUUUCAGAAGCUUUGUAUUAAAAGAUUAUUGUCUCUAAAUCUUGGACCGCUCUGGCCCAAACUGCUUGCAAUCCAACAACUUUUGCCAAGGGCACACCUGGAACUUAGGUUUAGAUUUCAAUGCGAAGGUGGCUGUAUAUCUGAUGAGCUUUAAAAUACAGAAACUGGUCUCUUACAUAAAGAAAUGCAUAUCACAAUGCACAAUAUUCAGUGCUGUGAUCUGCUAAUUCUAAUAGUAUAUUCUGAAACAGGCUAUGAAAUACUGCUCAAACUUUCUAUGGGAGAGGGACAGUAGAAGAAAGAGUAGCAUGUAUCAGAGUAUAAUUCAACUUCUGAAUUGUUAUCAUGGAAGAUUUCGAGUAAAGAAACUUUCACUACAAAUAAAUUUGACUAUGUUACAUCUUUAGAGUUCAUCAAGAAAAUUAAACAGGCUUGUUUAAAAGUGUUCCAUUUGUUAUAUGUUCACACUUUUUAUUACAAUGCUCUUCUCAACAAAGUGAAACAAAACAAUCCUUUUUUUAUUAUAAAAAUCAUUGUUUUCCUCAUAUAUCUCUUUACACGCAAUACCAUUCUAAAUUAACCAGCUCUUCAACUGCAUGUAUUAGAUGAUAUCUUGGAAAAUACACUCACCCCCUUCCAAAAACAUACACACAUGCAUAUGCGGAAUACAGUGACCAGUAACAAUAUAGGAUCCAAUACAUAAAUUAACAUAUUAGGUAGCUACUACAUCAUGAUACGUGUCUUAUUUGGGCAGGGUAGUUGUAUUUCAGUCCAUAAACAUCUAUGAAAUUAAGUAAAAAAAUCAGAUUCAAUAAAAAUUCAAAGAUGAUACAAAGAUUACAUUCCUGCUUGUCACAAGAUGACAUCUGACAUCACAGGAGGAUAUAAAAAAUUUGUUAAACAAGUUUUGUAGAGAGUAAUAUCUGUCUUGGCUUCUAAAUACAGAAUGAUAAACCAAAAAAAUAAUAAAAAUAAGUUAUAGAGUAAUAAUUAAACAAGUCUUAGAAGAACUUACCAUAUUUACAACUCCCUACCCCCCACCAAUCCCAAAAUAAUCACCCAUAAAUUCUAGUGAAAGGUUUCAACUCAACACAAGAAAGCAGUUGGAAAGGUUUCAACAAGACUGCAAACUGCACUUGUUCUGUGACCAUCUUUACACGACUGCAGACCUUUAACUGCAUGUGACAUUAGGUUUGGCUGCUAUCUCAAUGACUUUCAAGAGUCCAUGAGUACUCCACAGUGAGGAAUCCACACAAAACAUGACACUCAAAACAGCUGGAUAUUUUUAAGUACGAAAAAAACUUAUUUUGCUGCUGUGAUGCUUUUCAAACUGUCAAGAUCUUUUCUUAUUUUGAUCAUUGAGCUACUAAUUAAACGUGCUGGGACUGUCCUACAAAGAGAAUCUCUGUCAUUCCCCAAAUCCUGUAAUGUCCAUCAAAGUAAAAAAAAAUUAAGAAGUGAAAAAUUUAAAUUGGAAAAAGUUUUAGCCCUCCAGAGAGUGUACAUGAAUGAAUUCAUUUACUGAGGUGUAUCUGCAUGCUGUAGCUUUUCACAAGACUGCUUCAGCAAAUUUUGUAGCAAUAUAUAAGCUAUAUUUCCAGCAUUGACCUUGCUUCCUUCCUGUUUUUAUUUGGUCAGAAGAGUAUUAACAGGUACCAGCAUGGUCUGUUGCACAGUCAAAAGCAAAUUCCCAUGUGGUGUACUAUCUCUAGCAGUGACCUUCCUGUACUAUGCUAGCUUUCCAUUUGAAUUAAAAAAUGUUUGCUUUUUUCACUGUAUUCUUUAUGCACAAAAUAAAAUAAAACAUGAAAAUUGUACCUCUAUGAAACAAGUGCACACAAGCACCUGUCUUAUUUUCUCACCAAAAGCUCUUGGGCUGAUAAGGUAUUUGAAAUAAAGAACAAUGUACAGAAACACUAUGCAGUGAAGAUCCAACUUGCUUUUUCUGAUAAAAAAGACACCGGUUUGCUGGUCCCCUUCAAUAAUAUUCUGGUCGGAACAGCUGUUAAUGAGUCAUAAAUAAAACCUCUGCAGCAGAAUAUCACUGAAGAACAUUCCAUAUAUAUAUUUAUAUGCAUUUAUUAUAUUGAGGCUUUGUACAUGAAGUAUACAUCAGAUGCAGUAAUCUGUGAAAAAAGAUAACUACAAAUGCACCACAUAAAUACAAAUGAUAACAAGAUAAAAACAAAUUAAAAAAAAAUAGUCAAUCGUUCUCCUCUCCUGUCUACUCCUUAAAAAAAGACAAACAGAAAAAAACCAAGUAGAAAAUGCUUUUAUGUACUGAGAUUAAUGGAAACAUUAUUUCUGAUAGAUGAAAAAUUGACAUUUAUGCCACCCUAACCUUCCCCUCCCUCCAACCAAGCAUACACACAUUACCUGCAUUAACAAAACACCUGAGCAACACCUGUUUUGUGAUUUGCUGAGCCAGAUGUUAAGUACCUGUGAAUUUAUUUCUAACACAGGUUUUGCAAAGAUUGGUGCUGCAAUUUUUUUAACAUUUAUUUUAUUCACCAUUCGCCACACACCUGAAAUUUGUACAGACCAUAUUUUUGUCAUACAUUUUUAGACAAAAACUUUAUAAUGAAAUUUUGCUACCUUCCACUUUCCUUAGCUUCAAUGAGCAUCUAGCGAAAAUGCCUAAAUGUCCUCUGCUGCAACGCUUUUGACGUCUCCCUGAGAUGAAGGCUGGUUACUGAUGUUUUAUGUCAUCUAGGCAAGUAAAACUAUCUCAUGGCAAGCUGGUAAUCCAGCCCUGUGGACAGAUGCCUCAUACAAAAAGAAAUUAUGUAUACCAGAGAUGAGAUCUGAAGCCAUGACCUACAGUCUUCACAAUGUUGGUGGCGAUGAAUGUCUCAGAGUAGCACCUCAUGCCUCGCUCACCCUGAGAUGAACUGUGAAUGCCUGUGAGUGAACUGUGCAUGAUUUGACUAACCCUGAUAUUAUGCUGUUAUCUUUCUCAAUUAAAAGUAAAAACAUGUAUUCAAGUAUGAAUAACACACACAUUCUCUAUUUCUUAUACACUUUUUUUUUCUACAAAAAUAACAACAAAAUAAAAUUAAAAUAUUAAAAACAAAGUG